AGGUCCUCGAGCCGCUCGGGGUCGGACGCCUGGGGAGGGAGGACCCAUGGCGGCGCCAGCUCCCGCGGAUGAGGCGCUGCCCGCGGCGAGGCUGGCAGGGCGGUCGGAGGACCCCGGGGCACGGCGGUUCCACGCGCGGCCGCCGGCGCCGUCGGCGGUGAGCGCCCUGCAGGCGCUGCGCGCCGCGCAGCUCGCGCAGGCGGCCGCCCUGCUCCGCCAGCGCGACCUGGCGAGCCGGGCGGCGGCGCCAGAGCAAGUCGCCCUGGAUGGGGGGGACCCAGAUGUGGCCGAGCUGGCAGACCACUUCCACAUCUCGGACAGGCAGGCGCGGCUCCUGCACGAGGUCAUGCAGAGCAGGAAGGAGUCGUUUGCAGAGGAUCUGGACGCUGUCUGGAAGGCGCUCGAGAAGGGCGAGGAGAAGAGCCGGUGGUGGUUCUGGCGCGAAAGAUCAUGGAGCUGCGGUCCGGGCACCGGAUGCCCAGGGAGGACGACACGCAGGAGGAGGUCUGCAGGCUCGCGAAGAAGUACAAGCUGGACGAGGGCGCGGCCUCCAACCUCCUGAAGGCGAUGGAGG